AUGUGGUGCGGCAUCAAGUAUUCUCCUUGUCACACAUGUAUCAGAUCCAAUUUGUUUAGCAUCAUCAAAUCAGAAACUGAGGAUACUAUACCUGAGCUCGAUGACUACCCUGAAGUGACUCCAGUCGGGAUUGCUGGUAUUGAAUACACUCUAGACCCUGUUCUGUCUCUCCAUGCGAUCAAGCACCAGAAAGCAAUCAUUUUAAUUGACUCAGGGAGCUCUCAUAAUUUCAUGGACAAAAUAACGACAAAACGAAUUGGUUGGCAAACCCAUCAGAUUACUGGCAUUGGAGUUAAAGUUGCUAAUGGCCACCAACUUUGGGCACGAGAUAUUUGUUAUGAUGUACCUUGGGAAGCACAGGGCCUUGCUCAAUGCACCACCUUCAUGCUUCUCCCUCUAUCUGGCUGUGAUGUGGUAUUAGGAGUUGAGUGGCUGGUUACUCUUGGACCCAUUCUGUGGGACUUUUCUAAGCUCACAAUGGAGUUCACUAUGGCUCAAGUGCAAUACUGUAUGAAGGGCUUACAAGCUGGUUCCAUUCAAUUGGUGACUCAAAAACAUGCUGCAAAAUUCUCUGUUACUACAUUAGGUACUUGUGCUAUGCUACUUCACAAUUCUUAUGAGCCUUCUUUAUGUCAAGUGGAUAUUACUGCUCUACCUGUUGAUUUGCAGAAUCUUCUAACUUCUUAUGAGUUUAUAUUUGAGACUCCCACCACUCUACCCCCUUCUCGAGAGCAUGAUCAUCGCAUUCCAUUAAUUGAUGAGCAGCAAACAGUGAAGCUAAAACCAUACCGCUAUCCAGCUUUUCAAAAAGAUGAAAUUGAGAGGCUCAUCUCUGAAAUGCUUCAAACUGGAGUGAUCCGAAACAGCACUAGUGCUUUUGCUUCCCCGGUGGAGUUAGUAAAAAAGAAGGAUGGCUCUUGGAGGCUUUGCAUUGACUAUCGGCAACUCAAUAAGCUUACCAUGAAGGAUCGAUUCCCUAUUCCCUUGGUAGAAGAAUUGCUUGAUGAGCUUAGCCAAGCUUGUUGUUUCUCUAAUUUGGAUCUCCGCUCGGGGUAUCACCAGAUACGAAUGCAUGAAGAUGAUCAUCUUCAACAAGUGUUUGAUGUACUUGCUCAUAAUCAACUCUACUUGAAACAUUCAAAGUGUGAGUUUGGGGCUGCAACAGUUGUGUACUUGGGGCAUGUAAUCAGUAAGGGAGUGGUGGCAAUGGAUGUGAAUAAAGUGCAAGCAGUGUCUGAUUGGCCAGUGCAAAAAUCCAUUAUGGAACUACGAGGUUUCCUAGGACUCACAAGGAAACCAGAGAUUUUAUUGGCCUCUUUUUCUGUGGUUUCUUCUGAACUUCUUGAUCAAAUCAAACAUGCUUGGCUGCAAGACCCUCAUACAGUGCAUCUUAUGCAUCGAGCUCAGGCUUCUUCUGAUUCGAAGUACACAUGGCAGGCUGGCUUACUUAGAAGAAACGGUAAAUUGGUCAUUGCUAAUGAUGCUGCUUUAAGACAAGCUCUCAUUACUCACUUUCACUCUUCUUCCUUGGGGGUUCACUCUGGUGUGAAUGCCACUAUGCAACGAAUUUCAUCUGCAGUUUAUUGGAAGGGCCUUAAAAAACAGUCGAAAGGGAAGGACACUAUCAUGGUAGUUGUUGAUCGAUUGAGCAAAUAUGCUCACUUCAUUCCCAUGUCUCACCCAUUUUCUGCAUUGACAGUGGCUCAAGAUUUUUGGGAUUACAUUUAUAAGCUGCAUGGUACACCUAAAAGUAUUACCGAUGGUCAAAGUGAAGUGGUGAAUCAUUGCCUGGAAACUUAUUUGAGGUGUAUGUCUGGUGGAAGACCUCAGGAUUGGGCAUUUUGGCUUCCUUUGGUUGAAUUCGGGAUGAAGAAUCAAGCAGAUAAGCAUCGUUCUGAUCGAUCUUUUGCUAUUGGUAACUUAGUUUAUGUGAAGUUGCAGACAUAUUGCCAAAAAUCAAUGGUGAAUAGAUGUUGCUUGAAGCUCUCGGCUCGCUUCUUUGGCCCUUAUAAGGUUGUUCAGAAAAUUGGCGUCGUUGCUUAUAAGUUAGAGUUGCCACCAGGUGCCAAGAUCCAUCCUGUUUUUCAUGUUUCCCAGCUUAAAAAACAUGUUGGACUUGCCACAACUCAGUCACAACUCCCUGCUUUGGAUGAUGCUGGCUUGAUUGCUAUGGAGCCUAUUACUAUUCUUGAUCGUCGUAUCAACAAGCGAAGAGGUCGGAUGAUCACUGAGGUGUUAGUUCAAUGGUCAAACUGUUUUCCAGAGGAUGCUACUUGGGAAUGUCUCUAUGAAGGAGAAGGUGCAAUGCCCAUUUUCCCUUCAACUACACUGGGGGGAGCAACAAAGGAAUCUGACCUUGGCCCUACGAGCCUGAUACAAGUUGCAGAACCUAUUUCAAUAGAAGGGAAUUUGGUUGCGCAUUGGAAUUCUCAAGAAAUAUCGUAUAGAAAUGGAAUCUUUUCAGAUGAAUGCAAUUGUAUAUCUUGGAAUCUUGAUCAAGAAACUAGCGAUCCAUGUACCUCUGGGUGCUCUAUGUCGGAUCUAGAUCUAGAGAUUUUAGGUGUUGAAAAUGCCUGUGCCGCCCCAGGGGAGGACUCCAGGUGCUCUUGUGCCCAGGACUACCUAUACCAGGUUUGUUCAGUAUCGGAUGUGAUUGAGCCAUACAUCCUAUCACGAGUGGUACGACAGCUCGGGUAUGUGCAGGUCAUCCCUCCCCCUAUACUGAUUCCGACUAAGUAUGUUGCGCAUUCGCAUCCUCGUUUACUGAGCGACGGUGAGCCAUCUGCAGCGAUGCCUCUUCGCUCCAACAGUGGAUAUUGGGUCAAUCACGUAUUACACCGUUGGAGGGACACGAUCAGCGACCUUGGGUCUACAGAUGCACAGUUGGCGGAGCAGCAUCAGAUGACUUUGGAGUAG